AUGAACCAAGAUUAUUAUAAUGUAGAACCGACUAAUGACACUAUUACCACUAAUAAUCAUCAAGAUGAAAAUAUUGAUGAACAUGAGAAUGAAACAAUUAAAAAAAAAUUAGGUAUUGUCAAUAUUUUAUCACAACAAUCUUUGGAAAAUAAAAUUGAAAAAGAUGUUGAAUUCUUAACUAACAAAAAAUUAAUUGAACAGGAAGAGGAUAGAUUGCAAAGAUCAACCAAUCUUUUGAACAAGGUAUUAUCCGAAAAGUCCUACCUUGAAAAAAAAUUGGCAAACUCAAAUAGAAUCUCAGUUAAAUCAAAUUUAAGGAAUAAAAUUGAUUUACUAAUUAAUGGUGAUCUAAAAAAUGUACAAAAUGAUAUAAGUGAUAUUAAAAAAAGAAUUAAACAACUUAAGUCCAGCAUUCACAAUAAAAAUAAUAAAAACAAUGAUGAUCCUCAAAGUGUCAAUAAGCAUUUAGACGGUAAACGUUCUGAUGAAUCAGAGAAGGACUAUCUUAUUAGAUUAGGCAAAAUUACUGCAUUUGGUACUUCCAAUGGGUUUACAAUUGAAGAGGAUAAUAAUACAAAUAAUAUUGAUGAUAAUAAAUAUGAUCUAAAUGGUAAAGAUUAUACAGGACAUGACAAAUUAAAAACAUUAAAUAAUGAUACAGAUAACAGCAAAGAUGAUAAUGAUAAUGAUAAUGAUUAUGAUUAUGAUAAUGAUUCUGAUGAUGAUGAUAGUGAACAUGAUAUAAAGAGUCAAAUUGAUGUAACCAAAGAUGAUGGGGAUGAGUAUUCCUAUCAAAAAAGACUCAAAUCAUGGAUUCAGGCUAGAUCCAAAUUAAGAAAACAUGAUGAUUAUCCACAUUCACCAGAAUGGGGAAAACCAAAUCCUGAAAUUCCUGAUGCCAAAUUAAAUGAUACAUUCAAAAUACCUGGUGAAAUUUUUUCAUCUUUGUUCAAUUAUCAAAAGACUUGUGUUCAAUGGCUUUAUGAAUUAUAUCAACAAAAUUGUGGUGGAAUCCUUGGUGAUGAAAUGGGAUUAGGUAAAACUAUUCAAAUUAUAGCUUUCUUAGCAUCUCUACAUCAUUCAGGCUUACUAAAUGGCCCAGUAUUAAUUGUAUGUCCUGCUACAGUUAUGAAACAAUGGUGUAACGAAUUGCACCAUUGGUGGCCACCUUUCAGAUCAAUCAUUUUACAUUCCAUGGGGUCAGGGAUGGGUAAUAAUAAUAAAAAAACUAUCAAUGAGGAAGAAUUGGAACAAAUACUCAUUAAUUCUAGUCCUGAUGAAAUAUCUUAUGAAAGUUUGAAAAAUACUUCUAAAUUAAAAAAUGAAAUCCAAACAAAUUUAACCUUAGAUUCAUUGAUUAAUAUGGUCGCCACAAAUGGACAUAUCCUUAUAACUACAUAUGUUGGAUUACGGAUCCAUUCUGAUAAAUUGUUGAAAAUUAAAUGGGCCUAUGCUAUUUUAGACGAAGGUCACAAGAUUAGAAACCCAGAUUCUGAUAUAUCAUUAACAUGUAAAAAAUUGAAAACACCAAAUAGAAUUAUUCUAUCAGGGACCCCAAUACAAAACAAUCUAAAUGAACUGUGGUCCUUAUUUGAUUUUAUUUAUCCCGGUAAAUUAGGAACUUUACCUGUAUUUCAACAACAGUUUGUAUUGCCAAUUAAUACCGGAGGAUAUGCUAAUGCUACAAAUGUGCAAGUUCAAACUGGUUAUAAGUGUGCAGUAGCAUUAAGAGAUUUAAUAUCUCCUUACCUAUUACGAAGAGUUAAGACCGAUGUUGCUAAGGAUUUACCUGAAAAGAAAGAAAUGGUUUUAUUCUGUAAAUUAACCCAAUACCAAAAGCGAAAAUAUCUAGAGUUCCUACAUUCUGACGAAUUAACAAAAAUUGAAAAUGGCAAAAAAAAUGUAUUAUUUGGCAUCGACAUUUUACGAAAAAUUUGUAACCAUCCUGAUCUUUUAGAAAAAGAUAAAUUACAAUAUACUAAAAACUAUGGGAAUCCUGCAAAAUCGGGUAAAAUGCAAGUGGUCAAACAAUUAUUGUUGUUGUGGAAAAAACAAGGACGUAAGACUCUUUUAUUUACUCAAUCAAGACAAAUGUUAGAUAUACUUGAGAAAUUUAUAUCAGUUCUCGAUGAUGCUCUUUUGAACAUUAAAUAUCUCAGAAUGGAUGGUACAACUCCAAUUUCAAAAAGACAAACCUUAGUGGAUCAGUUUAAUAAUGAAAAUUAUGAUGUAUUUUUAUUAACAACUAGAGUUGGUGGACUUGGUGUGAAUUUAACUGGUGCAAAUAGAAUUAUUAUCUUCGACCCUGAUUGGAAUCCGUCCACUGAUAUGCAAGCUCGUGAAAGAGCUUGGAGAAUAGGUCAAAAGAGAGAAGUGUCAAUCUAUAGGUUGAUGGUGUCAGGAACAAUCGAAGAGAAAAUCUAUCAUAGACAAAUUUUCAAACAAUUUUUAACAAAUAAAAUAUUAAGCGAUCCAAGACAAAAAAGAUUCUUUAAAAUGAAUGAACUACAUGAUUUAUUUACACUUGGUGGUGAUGAAGGUUUAGCGACAGAAGAAAUGACUCAAGAAAUUGAAAAACAUACUAAAUCUCUAAAAAAGUCUGUGACACAUGAAAGCGAUGAUUUGGAUGAAUUAACAAAAAUAAUGGGUGUAUCUAAAUUAGAGAGUUUUUAUAAUGGAAAAGAGCUCAAGGAUAAAAAGAAAAAUGAGGAUGACCGUCUUAUAGAAGGUUUACUUGGUGGAAAUGAAGCUUUAGAGAGUGCAAUGACACAAGAAAAAUUAGAGAAUACACAUUUUCAAUCUUCUAGAUUGAUAACAAAAGAAGCUGAAAGACUAGCCGACGAGGCUAUGAAAGCCUUAAGACAGUCUCGUAGAGCAACUAAAAAGUACGAUAUUGGAACACCAACGUGGACAGGAAAAUUUGGUAAAGCAGGUAAAAUUGUUAAAAAUAAAAAUAAAAAUAUGUGCAAGAAUAAAAUAGAAACUAACUCUAUCUUUUCAAAUAUACAAAAACAACAUGUCAAGAAUUCAAUAAAAGAAACUAUAUUAGAACAAGAUACAAAAAUAACAUAUUCUACCAAUAUUUUAACAAAGAUUAAAGAGUUUUUGUCUCAACAGAAUGGGUUUUUUGCUCCGUCAUCCAAAAUUAUUUCUAGCUUACAACUAUCUAUUAAUGAAAAAGAAGAUGUUAUCAAACUACGAGCUCUAUUAAACAAAAUUGCAACCUUUGAUAAGCAGAAGAGGGGAUGGAUUUUAAAUGAAGAAUUUAGAUAA